GCCGACAAGGCCGGAGCGGGAUCCCGCCGUCGUGAAGAGCCGCCGUGGGGCAGCUUUACGACCGGUGCCGCUUUGUGGCAGGCCCCGUGAGAGGAGCCAGGCGGCUGUUCGGCCUCCCAAGCGGGCUGCGGGCGCCGAGCGCUUCCCCACCUCUGGACGGGAGCUGACAGCCCGCGGUCCGGCCGACCCCGGCAGACGAGAGGGGGCGGUGGGAGCGCCUCGGGGGCCGGGCCGGGCCGCGGAACCCGCCCCUCUAUGCUGAGGGGCUGCGGGGCCGGAGCGGACCAACGCCGCCGCCGUGGGGGCCGAGCCGCGCCGGGCCUGGGACGCUGCCCGGCCGCCGUCGUCGCGGGCCUCGGGCCCGGGCCUCACCAUGCCCGGCGUGAAGCUGACCACCCAGGCCUACUGCAAGAUGGUGCUGCACGGGGCCAAGUACCCCCACUGCGCCGUCAACGGGCUCCUGGUGGCCGAGAAGCAGAAGCCCCGCAAGGAGCAGCCCUCGCACAGCGGCCCCCACCCACACCAGACCCUCUUCGUGGACUGCAUCCCCCUGUUCCACGGCACCCUGGCGCUGGCCCCCAUGCUGGAGGUGGCCCUCACCUUGAUUGAUUCAUGGUGCAAAGAUAAUAGCUAUGUGAUUGCUGGUUAUUAUCAAGCUAAUGAACGUGUAAAGGAUGCCAGUCCAAACCAGGUUGCUGAGAAGGUAGCUUCCAGAAUUGCUGAGGGCUUCAAUGAUGCCGCGCUCAUCAUGGUAGACAACACGAAGUUUACAAUGGAGUGCAUAGAACCCACCAUCCAUGUAUACGAGCAUCAUGAAAAUAAAUGGCGGUGCAGAGAUCCACACUAUGAUUAUUGUGAAGACUGGCCAGAAGCCCAGAGGAUCUCGGCAUCUCUCUUGGACAGCAGGUCCUAUGAAACCCUUGUGGAUUUUGAUAACCACCUGGACGACAUCCGAAAUGAUUGGACGAAUCCAGAGAUCAAUAAAGCUGUUCUACACCUAUGCUAGGGAGGGAUUCCACUGACUGAUUUAUGGGCAUUUCCACUACACUGAAGAGGAAAAAAGAAAUAUUUUUAAAUGUAAAUAGAAUAAUUCUCCUACCUUGCGUGGAAAGGCAACAGUUUUAAGAAAUGGCAUGUGGCUCAAAAGAGGCAGUGUGUCUAAGUGGUCACCUUUUUAAAACAAAGAUCUCUAGGGGAGAUAUAAGCUGUCAUGUCUAGCUGUCCCUGUGGAUUCUUUCCCACUUGUAUGUUGCUCUAACCUUCAAAAUCAAAGCAAUUUCUGCUUGUCCAAGAUUGUUCUAUUAAAUGAUUUUAACCAACCUUUUAUAAUCUUGAGAGAAUACUUUUUAAGACAUGAACUAUCUUUCCAAAAACAACGAAUCUUGUCCUUUAAUGCAUGUUUUGGGGAGUUUUAUUUCUGUGUCCAUACUGUCAAUACAGUCUUAGGACCAGGUCUGAAACUGUACAGUGGAUACCUUAGUACCAGACCAACUACCCUGGACAACUGCUUGAGCAAGGAAAACAUCUCUGUUAGAGCAGUUGAGUCUGUUUGGGGUUGUAAGACUGUACUACUUAAAGCAAUAUUGUACUCACAAAGCUGAAGUGGGAAUAAGGCUACUGCCGUCUGAGCAACAUUUAUAGUUGAGGGCAAAAACAGGGCUGUGUCCCAAAGGCUCGCCUUAAAGCACACACAGCAUCCCAGUCUCAAUCAGCCAGAAAGUUCUAAAACCCAGAAACAGAGGGAGGGGAAAUAGACCGUGCUAGGAUUUGACACAGUCUCUGCUUUUUGGAAAAAAGGAAUCAUUCCUAGUUCUUGAUUCACUUGCAUGAUCAUCCAAAUAGUCUUCAAAAUAAUUGCCAUUGCUUUUGUAUUUAGAGCAAAAACUCUUCCGUUCAUAAAGCUGAACAAGAGAAUGAAUGUAUCUUUUUUAUCGGUACCUUUGGUGGUUUCUAACAAAAAUCUUACAAAAGGGAUGGGAAACUUUAUAGCACCGUUGCAUUUGUUGUUCCUUUUUCUAUUACUUAUUUUGUACAGUGUUCUGUGUACUGUACCUUUCCUACUGUCUGUCUCUUUCCUCUUGCUACAUUGAGAAAACUUGUAACAAUUGGCUGAACCUAACAAUCUUGAAAAGGGUUCACUUUAUAGCAUUCAGUAUUUUACUCUAACCAGUAAAAAUCAUUUCUUUGGACCAUCAUAUUAAAAAAGCAUGCUUUAGUCCAUGACCUCAUAGGAUCAUAGAUUUAGACCUGGAGAGAACCUUAGGAAUCCUCUAGUCCAAGCCCUCAUUUUUGCAAAUGAGGAAACUGAGGCCUAGGAAGGUUAAGCUACUUGCCAAAGGUCACAUGGGUAGUAAGUGGCAAACCCAGCUCCUUGGACCCCAGAUCCAGUGGUCUUUUCCAUAUACCAUGCUUUUGCAGAUGUUAUUUCCCCCUUUCUCUUCCCUUUCCCCAGCUUCCUUCUCUCAAAUUUUUCAUUCCACAAAUAAUAUCUUUCUAUACAGUGCAUUGUGGUUACAAAGCCCUCUGCAUGCAUUAUCUUUUUUGAGACUCCCAACCACCCGUGAGGUCGGCUGAGAAGUUGGCAUGACCCUCAAUUUGUAAACGAAGAAACGCUCUCAAAGAGGUUGAGUGAUUAAUUUGCCCAUACUUAAACAACGUUAUUAAGUGUAGCAAAGUUCAGACACAAACCUGAUCUCUCAACUCCUUGUCCAGUGUUCUUUCCAUUACACCAUGCUACCUCUCUAAAGCCAUGAAAUAAACAUUUCAUGUGGGGAACAAAUAUGAAAUUUCUGGACACAAAUGAAGGAAAAUUAUAUCAGUGAACUUAAUCUUUGCACUCAGAUGCCAAGAAUACCACAAGUGGGAUGUAUUAGAUGAAUCUGUUCCUAGUAGAAUUGUUUGUUUCAAAAAGGGGGGAGGGGGGAAUCACCAUGUAAAACUGUGUUUUUUAGGGGACUAGAGUAACAGUGUGUUCUACAGGUCAAGACUAGAAUGAAUUGACAGACCUGUUUUGACUGUUUUUGUUUUUAUAUAAGCCUUGUUUUGAAAGCAGCUAAUGUGCUGAGUAUUGCCAUCUUUUUUCCCAGAGGGUCUAUAUGUUAAAAAGUAAAGAGAAAAAUGACAAAUAUCCAAAGAAGCAAAAACAAUAAAAGGUUUGACUUUUAUGUUUAUGAUUUGCCCCUACAGUCAGAAAAAGUAAAUGCUAAAGAGUUGGCAAAUGUCUAGUAGCACCACUGCCACCUUCAAAUGGCAUAGGAAAAAGAAAUACAACUUUCUUGGAACAUCCAAAAUCACCUUCUAGCACUUAGAAGUAUCCAAGAAUGGAAUAAGCAUCUACAAGGUAGUGUCACUGUAGGUGUUCUGUCAGAGCAAUUGAUCGUGUUAAAGAUACUGUAGAGAGAAUCCUGGAAUGGCAGUAAAUAAGGAGCUAGGUACGAUCUAAGGGAAAGGCUCCAGAGCCCCAGGACUGCUCUUAACUAACUUUGUGAUACAGGGCAAAACCCUUCCCAUCUCCUGGCCUCGGUUUUGCACAUCUGUCAAAUAACAAGUGUGGGACUAGAUGGCAUGAGGUCUCUUCUUUCUCUUAGCACUCUGAUUUGAUGAGGCCUCUGAGAUCCCUUUUUUUUUUUUUAAGUGAGGCAAUUGGGGUUAAGUGACUUGCCCAGGGUCACACAGCUAGUAAGUGUUAAGUGUCAGGCCGGAUUUGAACUCAGGUACUCCUGACUCCAGGGCCGGUGCUUUAUCCACUGCGCCACCUAGCUGCCCCCUCAGAUCCCUUCUAACCCAGCUCCUGUGACUUUCCUAAUAAGAUUGGUUCUGUUCAGAAUAGAACUCUGCACAUCUAAACUUGGGAAGUCUGCUGGUUUUAUUCUCUGUAAAAUAGUUUCCACUUACUUUGCCUUCUUUCUUUUAAGGCUGCCUCAACUAUAUCCCUUUGCAUAAUUAACUUUGAUUUGAUUUGACUUGGAACUUUCUUUUUGGGUAGAGUAAUAGUAUUGUAAAAAUGCAGUUCCUCCAAGUGCAAAUUUUAAAAUUUAUUACCUAGACUUUUUUGCUUUGCUCUUUAAAAACCAACUUACUUGCUUUUAAAGAUACAAUCCCUUUUAUUUGAGUUCCCGAAGUCAUGAUCUCCUAUGGCAUCAGAACUGUUGCUGGGGUGGCUUUUUGUGACAUGGGAUAAAGAAAAUGAGAAAAAUGGCAAAAUGACAUGGAUCCAUGGGUGGAUAAAGAGAUCCUCAGAUGUUAUUUGUGAUUAUAGGAAAGAGAGUUGGCUUUAAAACUAGAUCUCCAGUUUAUUAAUUGAUAUUUCUUGAGGCUCUCUAUAAUCUUAUACCCUUUUAAGUACUGCAAAACGUUUCAGUAAAAACAAAACUGGCAGAAAAUGCUGCAUAUGUUACUCUUGCCAAAUCCUCGAUGUGUGUGUGUGCAUGUGUGUGUGUGUGUGUGUGUGUGUGUUGUGAUUUGUUACCUUAACCUAACCUCAUUUCCGUACCCUUUCAGAAGCCAAAGGAUGCCUUUUUUAAUUCUCAAGAUUUUGACUUGUUCCUCCUUCAAACUUUGAUUAUUACUUUGAAAUAUAUGUGAAAUGUAAUCAAGCAUUAUUUCUUGGAAAUAGAGGUUGAGUGUAUGAAAUUCUUGUUCCUUAAAACUGUCUGAUAAAAAGAAAACUUCUUGGAGGGGUGCAUUUUCAUUAUGCACACAGUGAAAUCCUCCUAUAGGUAAUAUCAGACUUACCAGUGAAAUGAAAUGUAGAACUACCAAGUCACAUUGCCGUGUGCUCGUCGGUAUUUGGCAUUGUCUUUAGCUACAUUCCUUCAGAAGUAAAAGGGGACUUUUAAGCUGAGCCAUGGAAGAUCAUUGGGAAGUGCUUGCAUUGAUUGCUCUGCAAGAAACCUUGGAAUUGGACUUUUGUUAACAUCUUGUAAAUCAAAAAUGUGCUCCUCUGUAAAGUACACUACUAUUUAACAUAUGAAACUGUAAUAAUAAAUAACUUUGUUCCCUUGA